GCAAAAGAGCUGGCAGAUCCCCGGCACGGCCCUCGUUCGACGGACGGAUGCGCCUCUCGAUGUGCUCCUAACGGCUUUGCCGGCUCAAGUGUGUGUGGGCCGUUUCUGCGGUGAUCAUGGAGGAUUCAAGCCCAGGUGUCUCGGCGCUGGAGCGGCUGCGGAGCUUCUUGAUUGAGUCCUGUGGGUCCUUGCUGCAAGCAUGGUUAAAGUACUUUGACACCAAUGUGGACUACAGGAUCGACAAGCUGGAGUUCAUGGAGGGCAUGCGACAGCUGAGCUACCCGGCCAGCGAGAUCCCGCAGCUCUUCGCGGAGAUCGACGUGGCCGGGGGCACCGAUCGAUGAACUGGACAAGGAGGACGCCGUCCUGUGGCACAAAUUCCGCGUGUGGUCUGUGCAAACCUUCUACAAUGUCGAGGAUAUGAUCGAGACCUUAGCUGCAGAUCCCGACCGGCCUGCAGUGUGCCAGGCGUGCGAGGUCACCUUCGAUCAGUUUCGUGAAGGCUUGCAAAGGCUCGACUGGAAGGAGGGGGACGAGGGCGUGCUGUUCAAAGCCUUAGACUUCGACGGCGAUGGCCUCGUGAAGCCCAGCGGCUUGAGGUGGCUGGCCAUUGAGCUGAAGCGUCUUCGAAAGAAGAGAGUGGCCAAAGAGAACGCUGCGAAGAAGAAGAUGCCUGGCAUCUCCUGGGAGCUCCUCGAACGACAGUUCCUUGAGUUCCGGGAUGAUCUGCGAAAGAGGUUUGGCAAUGGCAGCUUGGUGCGUGCGUGGCGUGUGUCCUUGUCAGAUACCAUGAUCCUCCCCAAGACGCGCUUCUUGAAGGCCUGUGUCAAGAUGGGCUAUGCCAAGAAGGCCAAAGAGCUCUGGAAGAUCUUGGACAAGGAUGAGAGCGGCUUCGCCUCCAUCGAUGAAUUGGAUCCCAAGGGUGCCCAGGUCUUAGCUCAUUUCAAGAAGUGCUUGGACGAGCGCUUCGCCAGCAUCGCGGAUGCCUUCACCUUUCUGGACCUCGAGGGCACACGGAAGAUCCGCAAGUCCCAGUUCGAGGCUGCCUUGAGGAGGUUGGAGUUCCCCUACUUGGACACAGCGGCGGAGCUCUUCGAAAGCUUGGAUGUGGAUGGGAACCAUUUGUUGGAAGAGGAUGACAUUCAGUUUUUGGAGAAGUGGAGCCCCUCACCGAUCCUCACGGCGCAGCCCAACGUCAAGGCCCGCGAUGAGGUCAAGGAGGCGCUACUGCUGAAGUACGGCCGACCGGUGAAAGCUUGGAGGCAUUUGUUAGAUCGCGAUGGCAGCAACCGCUGCAACUGGCAUGAGUUCCUGAACGCUUGCAAAAUCAUCGGCUUUAAAGGCGACGUGGCCGGCGCCUGGCGGGCCUUCGACGAGGAUUUGUCUGGGUACAUUACGCUGAAGGAGCUGGACCGAGAAGGCUACCGAACCUUGUGGGACUUCAGGACUUGGGCCGUGGACGAGUUUGGCUCAGCCCGGGCCGCCUUCAGCGUCUUCGAUAGCGACAACUCCAACAGCCUCAGCUCGCAGGAGUUUCGUGCGGCCUGUCGGAUCUAUGGCUAUGAGGGUCAGGUCAAACAGCUCUUCAACACCUUGGACGUUUCAGCCGAGGGCGCUUUAUCCCUGAAGGAGGUGUCCUUCCUGGACGACUGGAUCGAAGACCCUUCCGAGAUCUCCAGCCAGGCGCGUAGGGUUUCCACGAACUGCUUGGUGACUCACCUCCGUGGUGAUCCCUUGCGCCGCGGCGCGCUAACAGGCACCGACGCAAUGGAAGAGAUGCAACAGAAGGUCUUGGCGAUGGAGGAGGCGGAGGAACUCCUCAAGACCUGGAAACGCCCCGUCGAGAGUCCCAUGAAGCUCGUGAAGCUUUGUAGGACUCGGUGGCUAUCCCGAUGUCGACAUCGCACAGGCCUGGUGGUGCUGUGAUCUUGGAUCGACUGGCUGGACCCGACUUUUGUCUGCGCUUCUUCUUGAAGCAGAUGGAGCCCGCCAGCGAGACGAGAUCCAA